AGAACUGGGAGAGCAGUAAACAGAAGAGCGAGGAUCGCGGUGUGAGGGGUAACGGGGGACAGGGGCUUCUACAUACUGUCCUCAUCCCCUUCAUACAGGACUUCCUAUAAGGCUUCCACUUUCCAACUUCAGCUACAGUGAUAGCUAAGUUUGGAAAGAAAAAAAUUGUUAUUUCGUUCGAUCCCUUCCCUGAUUUAUUGCCUAUUGACACACAGAAGAGAGAACGAUCGGAUCGGAUAUUGUUAGUGUAUUACAAUCGUUAUCAUGUCAUCAUCAGUGGAGAAAAAGAGCUCAGGAUGUUGUGGAUCCUGUGCCAACUACCUGACAUCUGCAAAGUUUCUUAUGUACCUGGGACACUCUCUGUCCACAUGGGGUGAUCGCAUGUGGCAUUUUGCUGUGUCACUCUUCUUGGUAGAACUCUAUGGAAACAGCUUAUUGCUGACUGCAGUGUAUGGCCUGGUUGUGGCAGGCUCUGUCCUUCUCCUUGGGGCCAUAAUUGGAGAUUGGGUAGACAAAAACCCAAGGCUUAGAGUGGCACAGACUUCACUGAUUGUGCAGAACGUCUCUGUUAUUAUCUGUGGCAUCAUCUUGAUGGUGGUCUUCUUGUACAAGAAAGAACUGUUGUCAAUGUAUCAAGGCUGGCUGUUGACACUGUGCUAUAUCCUUGUCAUCACCAUUGCAAAUAUUGCAAAUCUCGCUAGCACAGCUAUGGGCAUUACCAUUCAGAGGGACUGGAUUGUUGUUGUUGCUGGAGAAGACAGAAGCAAAUUGGCAGAUAUGAAUGCGACAGUGAGGCGAAUAGACCAGCUUACAAAUAUAUUGGCUCCUAUGGCUGUUGGACAGAUUAUGACCUUUGGUUCUGCUGUAAUGGGCUGUGGCUUCAUUGCUGGAUGGAACCUGAUGUCAAUGUGUGUAGAAUACAUGCUACUGUGGAAGGUUUACCAAAAGACACCAGCCUUGGCGAUCAAAGCUGGCAAGAAAGCUGAUGACCAAGAAUUGAAGCAGCUGAACAUAAAAGUUAUAGAUGCUAACUCAAACAACAAUGAAAAACCAACUGAACAGAUUUGCCUUGUGACAGAGAAAGCGAUUGUCACUGCUGAAAUUCCUAAAGAGCCUAGCUGUGGCGACAAAAUUCGCGAACCAUUCCUCACCUUCAAAAAUGGAUGGGUAGCUUACUACAACCAGUCUGUCUUCUGGGCUGGUAUGGGUCUUGCUUUCCUCUACAUGACAGUCCUUGGAUUUGACUGCAUCACUACGGGUUAUGCUUACACACAGGGAUUGAGUGGCUUUGUUCUUAGCCUCCUUAUGGGAGCAUCUGCAAUUUCUGGAAUCAUGGGAACUAUUGCCUUUACCUGGCUGAGAAAAAAAUGUGGCCUAGUCCGUACCGGAUUAAUUUCAGGGAUAGCUCAGCUAAGCAGCCUUGUUCUUUGUGUUGUAUCUGUCUUCAUGCCUGGAAGUCCUUUAGAUCUCUCUAUUUCUCCAUUUGAUGACAUUGGCACUCGCUUCCUUGAGGGAGAAUCUCUGCCUACGAUGUCUCCAGGUGGCGUUUCUCAUGAUUACUUUACAACUGCUAUGCCAAAUAUGCUGAUGAGCUCCAACUCGACUACUAGUGGACCCGAAGAGAACCCCAUACCUUUGGUUUCAGUUAUUCUACUCUUUUCUGGUGUUAUUGCUGCCAGAGUUGGGCUCUGGUCAUUCGAUCUAACAGUAACUCAGCUCCUUCAAGAGAAUGUGAUUGAAUCUGAAAGAGGAGUCAUCAAUGGUGUCCAGAAUUCCAUGAAUUAUCUACUUGAUCUUCUGCAUUUUAUUAUGGUGAUCUUAGGACCUAAUCCAGAGGCUUUUGGUUUACUUGUUCUUAUUUCUGUGGCCUUCGUUGCCAUGGGCCACAUGAUGUAUUUUCGAUUUGCUUAUAAAAAUCUAGGAAGAUGGGUGUUAUCCUGUUCUAAGACUGAACCAAAAAUUGAUUCAGGUGAACAACAAAGGGAUACCUCUGUUGUUUGAGUGAGCUUUACGUAUGUGUGCUUCUCUUUAGGGCUAAGCUACCAUGGUUGUUUUUGACCAUGCAUUUAUGCCACUGAAAUCCCUGGCAGGCUAUGGAAAUAAAUUAGCCUUUAGACAUAGGAAUGUUUUGUCUCCAGUAUCCACAAGUGAUUUCCCACAGUGUCAAGGUCACAUGACAGCUUUUCUUGUUGGCGAGGACAAUCAUCCUGUAAAAAAUUUGCAUUUUGUUUGUGUUCAGUACAUCAUCUCAGUUAGGAAGCAGUUAAAGGGCUUUAACACAGCACUGCAAGGGAGACAAUAUUCUCAAUCUUCCAGAAGGAU